CAGAAGUGAUGGGAAGGGGUGGGCAGGGCAGCUAAAUAUAGUCCUGGGGCCAGGGCUCAGUCUGGGAGGGUCUGUCCAUUAUUCACUGUGUGCCUUCCCAGUGGUGUCCACUGUUAGCUGCCCCUGUGAGUUCCCGUCCUUGCUCUGAGUUUGCGGCUUGCCCCUUGCUUGUCUUCAGACACAGCUUUGACUCCCUGUAAGGUUAGGCCUGACCUUGACCUGGCCUCCUGGGAGUCUCUUUUUGCCCAAGAUCUCCAUCCAGACCUGUCCGUCAUGUCGGCCGCGCCCGGUCUCCUGCACCAGGAGCUGUCCUGCCCGCUGUGCCUGCAGCUGUUUGACGCGCCUGUGACGGCCGAGUGUGGCCACAGCUUCUGCCGAGCCUGCCUGAGCCGCGUGGCGGGGGAGCCGGCGGCGGACGGCACUGUGCCCUGCCCGUGCUGCCAGGCACUCACGCGGCCACAGGCGCUCAGCACCAACCUGCAGCUGGCGCGCCUGGUGGAGGGGCUGGCGCAGGUGCCGCAGGGCCACUGCGAGGAGCACCUAGACCCGCUCAGCAUCUACUGCGAGCAGGACCGCGCGCUCGUGUGCGGCGUGUGCGCCUCGCUCGGUUCGCACCGCGGCCACCGCCUGCUCCCCGCCGCCGAAGCCCAUGCGCGCCUCAAGACGCAGCUGCCACAGCAGAAGAUGCAGUUGCAGGAGGCGUGUAUGCGCAAGGAGAAGAGUGUGGCUGUGCUGGAACAUCAGCUGUUGGAGGUGGAGGAGAUGGUGCGCCAGUUCCGGGGGGCCGUCGGGGAGCAGCUGGGCAAGAUGCGGGUGUUCCUGGCCGCACUGGAGGGCUCCUUGGAGCGUGAGGCAGAGCGCGUGCGGGGUGAGGCAGGGGUUGCCUUGCGGCGGGAGCUGGGGAGCCUGAACUCCUACCUGGAGCAGUUACGGCAGAUGGAGAAGGUGCUGGAGGAGGUGGCGGACAAGCCACAGACUGAGUUCCUCAUGAAAUACUGCCUGGUGACCAGCAGGCUACAGAAGAUCCUGGCAGAAUCACCACCGCCUGCCCGGCUGGACAUCCAGCUUCCUGUCAUCUCAGACGACUUCAAAUUCCAGGUGUGGAGGAAGAUGUUCCGGGCUCUGAUGCCAGCUAUGAAGGAACUGACCUUUGACCCGAGCACAGCCCACCCGAGCUUGGUGGUGUCUCCCUCCGGCCGCCGCGUGGAGUGCUUGGACCAGAAGGCGCCCCCGGCCGGAGAGGACCCGUGCCAGUUCGACAAGGCCGUGGCGGUGGUGGCACACCAGCUGCUGUCUGAUGGCGAGCACUACUGGGAAGUGGAAGUGGGCGAUAAGCCACGCUGGGCACUAGGCGUGAUCUUGGCCCAGGCCAGCCGCCGAGGCCGGCUGCACGCUGUGCCCUCGCAGGGCCUCUGGCUGCUGGGGCUACGCGAAGGCAAGAUCCUGGAGGCGCAUGUCGAAGCCAAGGAACCGCGCGCGCUGCGCACCCCGGAGAGGCGGCCUUUGCGCAUUGGGAUCUACCUGAGCUUUGGCGAUGGCAUCCUCUCCUUUUAUGAUGCUAGCAACGCUGACGCCCUCGAGCAGCUCUUUGCUUUCCACGAGCGCCUGCCGGGGCCUGUGUACCCCUUCUUUGACGUGUGCUGGCACGACAAGGGCAAAAAUGCUCAGCCGCUGCUGCUUGUGGGGCCUGAUGGUGAGGAGGCCUGAGCUGCCUGCCGGAUUGGGGAGGGGCGCAGGGUCCUGCAGGCCUGGAAGGAGAUGGGUGGGCAGGUGACAGGUUGCGAGGGCUGAAGGCAGGGCCAAGGGGGUUGGGGACUGGGAACUCGGGACUCCAAAAUUUCUGAGAAGUUAAGGGUUUCAGGGGCUGGGUGGCUGUGGGGAAGGAAGAUCUAAAGUCAGGUCAGUGAGGAAAUUCCAGUUUGGGAACCAGAAAGCCCAAGGAUUCCAGGAAGAAAUUGAAGUUCAGGGGAGGAGUGAAAAGGGCAGGAAUAUGGGGGAAGGGGGACUGAAGAACUCUGUAGAGCAAGGAACCCCUCACAUUCACCUCACAUUCCCCUCCUUCUUGGUGGCCUUGGGGCAGGGGUUCCAGAUUCACCAUACAGAAAGAUCUUUCACUUAGUGGUUCUCCAACUUGGCCAGGCAUCAAAACCACAUUUUCAAAGCAUGUAACAGUGACUUGUUAAAGCAGAGUGUUGAGUUUCUGGUUCACUAGGUCUGGCGGCAGACCAAAAUUUAGUUUUUGUAACAAGUUCCUAGGGUGAUGCUCUUGCUGCAGGUUACAAGUGGGGUCACCUGGAGAACUGCUGACUUAAGACACUGGUCUGUUCAAUCAGCUUCCGUUAUACGGAGUCAGUUAUCGAUAACUAUCAGCUCUCAGGCAUAGGAAAACCACAAUAUAUUCCUCUGGAGAUCGACAGCCAUUUGAAAACUGCCAGAGCCCAUGCUGAGUGAAUAAACUGACCCCCAACUAUUUCUCUCUGCCUCUGGAAUAUAUUUACUGAGUGUCUUGGACGUUGAAGAAAUACCCCAAGUUGCCAACCAAGAGGAAAAGCCUGAUGUUAACUCCAGCCUGGGCCCUGCUGCUUGUGGAGAAUAGAAAGCUAUUCCCCUAUCCCUCCACCCAUUGGCCCCUCACUGCUUACUUCCUGGUUCACACAUUCUUUGGUUUUAGCUCAAAGGCCCAUUUCUUGGACUCUGGAGUAACCACUGACACCCAGAGAGUCCCUCUUACUUGGAGGGGCCUUGGGGGACUCAGGCAGGUGGGAUUAGAGGCUACUGCCCCUCCUGUCAUGAGAGAAGAUGAUGGUGUGGGGCCAUUUGCUCUCCCAGGUCAGGGAUGCUGCUGCUGAUGUGUGUGAAAGGGCCUGGGGAGUCCUGGAAACUGGUGCCAAUAUGGGAAUUUUCUUGGGGGUUAGAGAGAAAAGAAAGUGGGUAGGAUAAGGGAGGCCUCAGCCUGGCUGUGUCUCCCAGAGGAAUAGGUCUGGGGAGAAAGGAUUAAUUUGAGAAGUUGUUUCAUGAUAGAAAGUAAAAUAAAAGGGUUAGUUGGCUGUGAAAUCCAGUGGCAUUAAUAGAGAUGAUUAUAUUCAGACUCUUUCCCCAUUAAAUCUGUGUGAAAGACAAAUGACCUAUCGCCUAUUGUCCACCUGGCUUUCAUUCUUGACCCAUUUAAUAUUUCUUUAAUUUUUUUUAACGUUUAUUUAUUUUUGAGGCAGAGAGAGACAGAGCAUGAACGGGGAGGGUCAGAGAGAGGGAGACACAGAAUCUGAAACAGGUUCCAGGCUCUGAGCUGUCAGCACAGAGCCUGACACGGGGCUCGAACUCAUGGACCACGAGAUCAUGACCUGAGCCGAAGUCGGACGCCCAACUGACUGAGUCACCCAGGCGCCCCGACCCAUUUAAUCUUUCUAAAAACACAAAUGUUGUCCUAUGAUCCAGUUGCUCAAAACUUUCAAAACUCCUUGCUGCCUGCAAGAAAAAGCCCUAGAUAUUUGGCCCUGCAUCUGAGAUACCCUGCUAUUCUCCAGCCUCAUCUUGUGCCACUUUCCUGCAUACAUCUUCACUCUGGCCCUACUGAACUCCUGGGGUCCCUGCAGCACCAAAGCACACAACUGUCUGUUAGGAAUGCCUUUUGCUUCUCACUCACCCUACAGGAAUUUCCCCCAAACCACCUUCUCCUAUCCUCUCUUGACCUCAGCACGUCUUUGCAAGGUGCAUUCCAUUGCACUCCCUGUCAUGAGCUGGUGAUGUCCAAGAACCCAAAGCUACUUUCUGAGGAACUGGGUACUUUGAGAAACAGAUGUCAAGACAGCAUUAAAUGUGCAAGGAUUUUAUGAAGGAAGAUGCCCAUGUGGGAGCAAAUGGGGCUGUCAGAUUGUGAUGCCAGUCUGACCCUGAGUGAAGGAGAGACAGCAGGAAGGUUGGGUGGCAGUGUCCUCAGUAGUUGUGGGGGUUUCUCUACAAGCUACCUGUGCAAGGAGCCUGCGUGUGCUCAGAAGGGGCCUGCCUUUGUGUCCCUGCCAUGCUCUGUUACUGCCGGGAGCAGCCUAUGGGAUGGCUGUCACAGCUCUUCAGCUGCUGCCCUCAGUCUUUGCUCCCCUUUGUUGGAGUUCUAUCAGGAAAAUUUCUUUUCACAUCCUCCACAGGUUCCUUCUACAUAAGGUUACCCUGGCUUGAGCUUGUGCAUUGAGGGAAGUGAUGUUGUGACGUGGUCUGUGGCUGCCUGAGUGAGAGAGGGGGUCCCUGAGGCAAAGGCUGUCAUGAUGGGGCAAGUUUGUGGGAAACUUUGCCUAGUUAGAACGUUCCUUUUUGAGUGGUGGCCACCUGACCCAUCCAGAAUCUCCCUGGUGAUGUUGGAAGGUAAAAUGGGAAACCAGAACUGGGUCCCCCCCGCACUUGUGUCUCAAAAGAUCGGAAUCUUCUCCUUUAGUACUCCCCGCUCAUGGAGACUCUGGAAAUCCAGAGCAACUGGCUGCUGAGAGGUUUCCUGAGCCUCGUGACUUCCUUGUGUACAAGAACAAACUGGCACCCGUCAAGGCCAUGCUAGACUGCAAGGAAAACCCUUUGUCAAGAGCUUGUUAUUUGAUAUGUGUCCUCACAGCACUAGGCUUCACAAUGACAAAUGCCUGACCAGGCUCUGUUGCCUCUUUCCCCGAAGUUCAAGUAACCCCUGAGAACAUGAUGAUAUACCAUGAAAGACCCAAAUCCACAGGUACAUGAUGAAUCUUGGAGUAUCAACUUUACACCAAGAUUAUUAUUCUUUUUUUAAAAAAAUGUUUAUUUUUGAGAGAGAGAGAGAGAGAGUGUGAGUGGGAGAGAGGCAGAGAGAGAGGGAGACACAAUCUGAAGUAAGCUCCAGGCUCCCAGCUGUCAGCACAGAGCCUGACACAGGGCUUGAACUCACGGAUGGUGAGAUCGUGACCUGAGCCGAAGUCCGACGCUUAAUCGACUAAGCCACCCAAGUGCGCCAAGAUUAUUAUUAUUCUUGGUAUGGUGGUGGUGAGAAAGUUGUGUAAUUUAACCAAUAAGUAAACAUUGCAGACAUCAGGUUCGUAUUAAAACAAACAUAUAUAUACUUCUAUUCUCAAGUUAGUUAACAUACAGUAUAGUCUUGGCUUCAGGAAUAGGAUCCAGUGAUUCAUCACUUACAUACAACACCCAGUGCUCAUCCCAACAAGUACCCCCCCCCUUUUUUUUUUAGUAUAUGUGCUGCUGAAGCGAGCACCCAAGAAGUGCCCUCCUUAAUGCCCAUCAUCCAAUUUCUCCACCAUCAACCCUCAGUUUGUCCUCUGUAUUUACGAGUCUUUUAUGUUUUGCCUCCCUCUCUGUUUUUAUCUUAUUUUUCCUUCCCUUCCCCUAUGCUCACCUGUUAAGUUUCUCAAAUAAAACAAACAUAUUAUGGAGUACAGAA